UGCUAACAGCUGAUACUCCACGACUGCUGGAGAUUCUCCCAUUUAUUCCCUUUAUUAUUUCCUCUGAAGUAAUUGAGUCCAAUUGACUCCAAGGGAUUCUUCUUACGUGUUCGUGUCACUGUUCAGACCACGACUUCUCGUGAACUAGUUCGAUCAGCUGGAGUCGUAGGUUACAGGCACUCUUUCUGGAGGGUAACGUUAAUUUUUUGAGGUUCGGAAUUACUCCAGUGGAAUAAUGAAAGGAAAAACUGCUGGAGAUGAUGAAACCACUGAUAAAUACUCGAUUUUACUGCCGACUUAUAAUGAAGUUGAGAAUUUACCGAUAAUUGUUUGGCUCAUUGUUAAAUAUUUGGAUGGAGUAGUUCCUUUUGAAAUCAUAAUCAUUGAUGAUGGAUCACCGGAUGGCACUCAGCAAGUGGCUGAAAAAUUGCAGAAUCUUUACGGAGAGGACAGGAUUAUCCUGAGACCUAGGGAACGAAAACUUGGACUUGGAACAGCUUAUAUUCAUGGAAUUAAACAUGCCACUGGAAAUUACGUCAUCAUUAUGGAUGCAGAUCUCUCUCAUCACCCUCAAUUCAUUCCAAAAAUGAUCGAAACUCAGCGUCAGGGAAGUUAUGAUAUCGUCACUGGGACAAGGUACAGUGGGGAUGGGGGAGUUCAUGGCUGGGAUUUCAAGAGAAAACUCAUUAGUAGAGGAGCUAAUUUCAUAACGCAAGUGCUUUUAAGACCUGGGGUCAGCGAUCUCACUGGAAGCUUCAGACUUUACAAAAAAUCAAUUCUUCAGAAAUUGAUCGAAUCGUGCGUUUCGAAGGGCUAUGUAUUCCAAAUGGAGAUGAUUGUUCGUGCACGACAAUUUAAUUACACAAUUGGAGAAGUGCCCAUUUCCUUCGUAGACAGAGUGUACGGAGAGUCGAAGCUCGGGGGCUCAGAAAUAAUUCAGUUUGUAAAGGGCCUAUUGUACCUAUUCGCUACAACCUAGAAAUAUUUUAUCUUUCGACUGGCCAUUAAUUUUGUACAUAAAUAUGCAGCAAUUUGUACCGAAUAAAUUACAGACUCAUAUAUUAA